UUUGGGGUUCAGGGCUGUGGAAGGUGAAGUUUUCCGGAGCCUCCCGGCGUCGGGAUCGGGGUCGGGAUCCCCGCAGCUGCCAGGGAGGUUUUCCAUGGAUUCCCAGGAUGGGGAACCGGGGCUGGAAUCCACAGAGGUUUCGGGGAGACCCCAAAUCAUCGGGCCCGAGGAGGAUUGCGAGCCCGGAUACGCCAGCAAUGAGAGCGAUUCCGUGUUCCAGGACCUGGCCCGGCUCAAGUCCCGCCCCGCUCACCUGGCCGUGUUCCUCAGGUUCCUGCUGUCCCAGGCUGACCCCACUCCUCUGCUGUUCCACCUGUGCUCUGAGGUUUGCUGCCAGCUCAGCAGCCCCAAGGAAUCCCGAGCGCUGGCCAGGGACAUCUGGAGCAUCUUCCUGGACAGGGGCGCGGUGAGGGGACAAAUUUGGGAAUUCCAGGGGAUUUGGGGGGACAUGAAGGAAUUGGGGAGAAAAUUUCUGGGAUUUUUGGGAAGUUAUGGGAUUUUGGGGGGAAUUUUAAGGGGACUUUUGG